CAAGAACGGAAUUUCGAUAUCGACGCAAUCGGUUGAAAAUUUUCUGCAAAAUUUUCCAUGUUUUCAGUGUUUUAUGUUUUGUUUUUCGGUUUAUCCUAAAGAUAAACGUUUUCUCAAAGUCGGUAUGGUGUCAGUUUUACAUUAGACAUAAAUUUCGCGGCGCAAAUCGUGCUUCUACGUCGGGAAAAAUUGGGUACGAAACAAUCUGGUGAAAUUCUAAAACGCAAAGAGUGCAACAAUGUCUUGGCUAAAGUUAAACGAUAGUCUUAAUAAAGUUAAGGGACAAAUAACCAGCUUCGCCCAAGAAGUGCUGGCCGAAGGAAUAGUCCGUGAGAAUGAAGAUGGUGAAGAUGACGGACAGGAGCAAGAAUCGGAACCUGGGAAUCAGGUUCGGGACAUUGGCCAAGCCAAACAGCGGAUCAGUGAACUAACGGGACUUUGUGCGACGCAGGAUCAAGAGAUUGCAACACUUCGCAAACAAAUUGCAGAAUAUCAGCAACAGCUCCAGAACCAAUCGGCAGUGAAACAUUUGCCGUCACCAUCGCCAUUGCCGCCGCCACCAGCCGGAGAGUCUUCCACUACCGGUUUCAAGCUAGGGAAUGGCAAUAGCGUGCACAUCCGCACGGGUCCGCAUGAAGUGCUCCUUAAAUAUUGGUCCCGAAGCGAUAAGCUGAUGUGUAAAGAUCGAUAA